GGUGUGUGCAUUGAGGGAAGCCCCUCUCGUUCAUAGGUAAAGCUAGAACGAAGCCAGAGCAAGAACUUUAUCUCCUGAACGCGAAACUAGUCCCGUUCUCAUCCUUCUGAGAUGUGCAACUCAUUUUUUUACUCCGCAAAUGUUCAAUUAAAUUGAGACUGACCUGUGAUGCGUGGAUUUGUACGUGGUACGAUUUAUUGUGCUCUGUGGUACGGGAGUAUAGUUGCAGGAUUUUUAUUCAUCGCCUGCCCACUGUUGCCAUUGCUUCUCAUAAGUCCGCCGAAGUUUCGAAAAUGCGGCGAUCUUCUGUUUUCUUGUUGGGAAUUGUACCCUACGGCGUUGCUGGAAAUGUUUGGCGUAAAAGUGAUCGUCUCAGGAGAUCACAUAUCGCCGGACGAGUCGGCGAUAUUGGUAAUGAAUCAUCGAACAAGGGUUGAUUGGAAUUUUCUUUGGGCAGCGAUGUACCAGGCCUGCAUGCCGAGCAUAGCGGCCCAUAGAUUGAAGUUUAUUCUGAAGGAUCCUAUACGCCACAUUCCGGGUCCUGGUUGGAUAAUGCAGAUGAACGGUUUCCUUUACAUAACGCGACGUUGGGAGGAGGACAAAGGUCGUUUAUCACGCACCUUGGAUUAUCUCGUAGCGCUUCAAAGGCGAACGCAAUUAUUGAUAUUUCCGGAAGGAACGGAUCUGACGACGAGUAGCAAGGAAAAAUCUGACAGAUACGCGACGAAAAAUGGUUUGCCGCUUUACUAUUACACCCUCCAUCCGAAAACGACGGGUUUCAGUUAUUUGGCGUCUUAUCUUCAACGGGCCAGCUACUUGGACGCUGUUUAUGAUCUUACGAUCGCGUACCCCGACUACGUUCCGCAAUCGGAGAUCGAUUUGAUCACCGGCAAAUUACCGAACGAGGUACACUUCAAUAUACGAAAAAUAUCCUCCGAUGAAUUGCCACAGGACGAAACGUCCCUCAGGAAUUGGCUCGAACAACGAUGGCACGAUAAGGAACAAGGUCUCAAGAGGUUCGCUGAAAACAAUACUUUUGCCAAACAGACUUGGCCUAUGGCGAGCAUUCUUCCUCUGAGGGCUGCCUUCGGUUUUUGGAGCUUCCUCACAGGAGCGACGGUCCUGCUGCUGGUAGUAUCACCACUGUUUCAACUAUGGGCUCUAGCUCACGCAACUUUAUUCGUCGCACUCUCCAUCUUUAGUACCGGUUUCAAUCAAAUUGAAAUGGGAUGGUUUUGGCGUUGGAAAAGCCACCAUUUACGAGCCAAGCUCGCUUGAAAAAUAACUCAUCCAACAGUUCUUUUUCGAUCCCAAAUACUAUUUUUAUCUCAUCACGUAGCCCUCGUUACGUCACUGUGAUACAUAGUAGUUCGUUCAUUUAGUAGAAAUAAUUUGUUGCAUUUUUGUUCCUCUUUACAAUGGAGUUGAUCGUUUGGAAGAAAAAAAACUAACGGAAUAACAUGCUAAUUUCUUCAACGACGAUUCGAUUUCACCGAGUCUUAACCAUUUUUCAAACAAAACUAUUCACUCGUUUAUACUCAAAGAUAUAAAAUUUGAUAAUUUUGAAAAUCAUAUUUGAUUGACUGAAUUUUUGUCCUAUUCAAUGUGAAUAUUCGAUGCAACUCGAUGGAAAGUUGCAGCCUUCUCAAAAAUACACUGAAUUUUAGCGAGACUGUAAAAAAAACGAGAAAAAAAAUUGCUCCCGUCUUAUCGGUGAACGAAUCAAAAGGGUCACUUUAGCGAAGAUAGUAAACGUACUAUUGUGAACCUGGAAUUGAUGUAUAAUUCGAAAAUAAUAGCUGUAGAAACGUGUAAAUCCUUAAAGCGCGAUAAAAGUUAACCUCUCAUUCGUAUCAACGACCUAAACGUGUGAAUUAGAUCGGAAAAUUUCUAUUUUUCUGAAAGUCUUAGUAAAGUCGCUUAGCUCCUAAGAAUAAACCAAAUAAAAACCAAAGGAAAAAUCGUGAAUUCACGUGCCAAAGAAUGAACUCGAUUGGCAAUAUUUCUCUCGUCGCCUUUGGACUGCGUCGGGGUGAUGAGAAAAAUAAGUUGGUCGAACGAGUACAUUGUAAAUAAAUUUUAGAUGAAUACGUAAGAAAUAAUACGAUUAAAUCUAUGUCUUCGAACCGUUUACAAGAUAGAAAAUCCUGUCAAAAUCAAUGUGUGUCAGAAUUUGUUGUAUUUGAUUUCUCGUACGAGAAUUCGCGUAAUGAUUGAAACGAAUUAUUGUUGUGUUUAAGUGAUGAAAAUUUAUCGAGAAUUUCGAUUGAGAUAUCUCGGUACAUGCCCGAUCUCCCGAUCGAUUAUUGUUCUUGGACUUGGCGGGUGUUCUCUUUCAAAGAGUAUCGCAAUUGUAAUAACUGAUUUUAAGAGAAAAAAAGUAAUCGACCGAAACAAAUAACUAUUUAUUGUAAAUAAAGAAUUGAUUUUUCUCAAUGUGCAAACGGA